AGGCCGAGACUGGGUAGUAUAUCAGGAAGUUAGAGGUGUUACCUUACAUCCUUUCCAAUUGUAGACAAUGUCAAUAUUGUACACUAUAGUGUUGAGCAUUGACAGUGCCUAACCUAACCACCUAUUUCCCCCCAAUCACUCUCUCAGGUGAAGGACAUCUCACUGGAGGCCACAGGAGCUUUGUGAAGCCAGCAGGGCACAACACAUGGAAAGACGACCAACAAAUCACUGUUGAUGAGAGGAGUGAAACUUCAACCCAGCAUGUUAUCGUGAUAGAGUCUGCGGAUGCAGAGGCUACAGGUCCUGGGGUCAAACAGGAGAGGUCUGAAGGAGAGGAAGACCUACAGCACAGCAGAGACAUACAGGCUGGAGCACCCCCUGUAGCCACAGAGGACCCCGCCCCAGCGCAGCCCAGGACCCGACACAGCAUCAGUGGACUGCAGAACGCUGUCCUCAAGUCAGAGUCCGGCACCGAGACUUUAAUUGUAACACACAGGUUCUUACACACAGGAUCUGACCACAGAUUAGACCCAGAGAGACAAGGGCCACUGGCCUGUCCUCCUGCUCCCGGCUCAGAAUAUUUACCAGUAUUUCACCAGAGCCAGAGGACGGUUCAUUCCUGUGGGGAUGUUGAGGGUGAUGCAUUAGACACUGGCAGUGAUGAUCCAUCUUGUUCUUACACUACAGAAAUAGAUCCUGGCAAAAUGCCCUUGGGUUUAGAGACACAGACUGAUCUGUCUAGAGGUGACUGGAACCGGUACAGUAAUAGGUUAUACUCUGAAGGGUGCCUAGAUAAGAAAGGGGAGGUUAUAAUGGUAGAUGAGGUGAAAGUGGAGGGCGACGCUCCUCCCACAUGGAAUACAGAUAGUCACCUAGGAGACAGACACUCACAGGGCAGAGAUUUCUUAAAUUACAGGGGAAGCUUAGAGACAAAUCUAAAUGUCGCCACCCACUCCUCUUUACAUGCGUUCAGGGGUCGUGACCCAGCGUUCACGUCGAUGGCACCUUCCGAUUCACAUAGCGACGUCCUUUUCGAUCAGUUAUUGAACUCAAACAACACGGCUAGAGCCCAGGCUCAGGGGGAAGGAGCCACAUCAGGCAAUAGUAAAGAGAAACGAUUCCCCUGCAUGUUCUGUCACAAAGGCUUCAGCUGUCCCCAGAAGGUGGAGAGGCACCAGAGGGUCCACACAGGGGAGAAACCCUUCAGCUGUACCCAGUGUGAGAAGAGGUUCUCCCGCCAGGACAACCUAAAGAUGCACCAGAGGGUUCACACAGGGGAGAAACCCUUCAGCUGUACCCAGUGUCACAUGCGCUUCGCCCUGGCAGGCAACCUGAAGAUGCACUUGAAGGUCCACACAGGAGAAAGGCCAUUCGCCUGUACGCACUGCGGGAAGAGGUUCUCAGAGAGGAGAUACCUCAGGAUACACCAGCAGAAAAACCAUGCCAUUCUAUGAUAUAGAAAGUAACCAUUCCACUCGAUAGCUUCUGACGUUUAGAUCAAAACCUGCAUUAAAGACAAAGAUGAAUUUGUCAGCAGAAUAGAUCCACUGAUUACUUUUGACUUAUCAUAGCUGCCUUUUUUCAGUAUAGGACUCAAAUGUAAUGGUGAUGGGUAAACUCUCCAUGUUGAUAGUGUGUUUAUUAUCUGUGUGUUCAUAUAUGUCUGUGUCCUCUGUAUCACCUCUCUUCCAGGAGGAGAAUCCAGAGUGUCGAUUUAUAUAUUACACUAGAUGACUGAUAAGGGGCUCUGUUUUGAAACCACGCCUCCAUCUUGGCACUCCCCCACCCAUGUAAAAAAUAUUUUGGAAGCUCCAGAAAUGUCUACAUUUGUUUUUGCCAUGUUUAUUAUAUUACAGACAUCUUAAUGCAUACUUUAAAUUAUAUUAUGUAAGCUAAACAAUUUUUUUUUAAGGAAAAUUUAAAAAAAAGUAUACUUAAGGAAAAUGUUAAGGUUCUAAUAUUACUGUCCCUACUAGGAAAAUAAAUACUUAAAGCUGCAAUAUGUAACUUUUUGGUGACCUGACCAAAUUCACAUAGAAAUGUGAGUUAUAGAUCUGUCAUUCUGAUUGAAAUCAAGUCUAAGAAGCGAUCAUUUUUGCGUCUUUUACUUUCCGUUUUGUACACCGGCUUCAAACAACUGAAAGUAUAAUAUUUUUGGUCAUGGAAAAUAUAUUUCACAGCGGUUUAGAUGGUAGAUUGAUUCUCUGCACUAUACUUACUUGUUUUGUCACAAAUGGAAAUUAGGUGAACUAUUUAAGCAAUAAGGGCAGAGGAGGUGUGGUAUAUGGCAAAUAUACCAUGGCUAAGGGCUGUUCAUAUGUGCAACGCGGAGUGCCUGGACACAGUCCUUAGCCAUGGUAUAUUGGCCAUAUAUCACAAACCCCUGAGGUGCCUUAUUGCUAUUAUAAACUGGUUACCAACGUGAUUAGAGUAGUAAAAAUACAUGUUUUGUCAUACCCGUGGUAUAGGGUCUGAAAUACCAUGGCUGUCAGCCAAUCAGCAUUCAGGGCUCGAACCACCCAGUUUAUAAUUUAAUUUGAACAAUCAGGAAAUGGUGGAACGAUUUCUGCAUAGUGCAGCUUUAAAUACAUGUAAUUUUGUCCUUAACAUUUUAAUUGAAAAACUGUAGAACACCAUUCCUUCCUAUGGAGGACAUGCUCCUUCUGGGGAGUGCCAAUAUGGCUUACCGGUGGUUUCAAAGCCGCUCACUGGCCAAUAGAUCGUUAUCAAUAAAACGUCACAAUAAGAUGCAGAGUGUUCGAUUUGCCUGCUAGAGGGGCAAGGAGACCCCAGCUCCUCUAAAACCAUUGACAACUGUGUGCCGUUUUCAAGGGAUUGUUAAAUAAAUGUUAACCUGUC